UAUAUAUAUAUAUAUAUAUGUUUAAAUAUUUAUUCAGUUUUAUAUUCUAUUUCAGAUGCCCUCGUUAUAGUUUAGAUAGGUAAAAAAAAUCGAUUAAUGAACGGAGCAAGUAGGAAGAAAUCAACCCAACCUUCACAAUCUCCACCGCCUCCAACGAUGCAAAAGACAGGUGCAGACCAACACAAAGGCAACGUAGCCCGAAUAGUAGAGAGGCUGCAGAAGAAUGCGAGAUUAGGCCACAGCGCCAUGUUAGAGCAGAUCAAGGAAGAUUUGGCAAAAAGAAAAAUUGCUCUAAACAUUCAACCUACGAUGACUAAAGCUAACUGGAGAAGCCCCCCACCGACGACAGCCCCACCGCCGAUACCAGUGACACCUAGCAGUCCGCCAGUGUACUGCUGUCCAAUGGAGAUCCCACCCAUCAAGCCGCGACUGGGCCCCAAACCCGGCGACCUGGCUGUGCUGCAAAAGUUCUUCGGCCUGAGGACUCCACUUGAUCUGGAAAGUGCAAGAAGACUGGCAUGCUCCUCCACCAGCGACGGGUCGACUCCACUACACCAGGCAGCAAGGGAGAGCCGUGCUACCGAAGUAGCUGCACUCAUCCGGAUGGGAGCGUCCGUCGAGGCACAAGACGCCCUCGGAUUCAGACCGGUCCACAAGGCAGCGGCUGCGGGUUCUGUCCAUGUCUUGCAGCUCCUGAAGCUUGUCGGAGCCGAUCUGCAGGCUAAAGGGAACCAUGGUUACAGGCCAAUCCACCGGGCCGCGAUGAACGGCGGUAUGGAGGCGGUGCGGUGGCUGGUGGAGCAGGGGUGUUCGGUGGACUCCACGAUCAGCGGAGGGUGGACGGCACUCCACCUGGCGGUGUGGUGGGACCGGGAGCCCGUGGUGCGGUGCCUUCUCGAUCUGGGGGCCUCGGUCAACUACCUGACUGACCAAGGUGUGUCCCCUUUCGCCAUGGCCGUCUCAGGACGGAACGAGGAUCUGGCGCGCCUUCUUCACAGAUAUGGAGGGGUCAUGGAAUAAUGGAACUCGGUUCCUUCAAACUAAAAUA